AAAUGGGCCUGUCGCUGGUCUUCCAGUUCCCGUACCUUGCCGAAGGCAAUGACGUUCAGCACUUCGUUAAUGUUGUAAGAAUGAGGCUAUUAAACAAGUUCAGAAACGGUCGCCGCAAGCUACGCAACGACUUGGUCGCCUUCAGCGGGGGUCCUGUUCUCACCUGUACUGGACAACAGGAACUAGUGGAAUACAACACCAACAGCUUGGAGUACCCGGAGCUCAGCUUCAGUGGGUGGGAUGUCAACGGACAGCAGGAGCCGGGUGGACAGACUGAGGCUCUUCCUUCCAACACCGAGCCGGAGUCGGGCGUUGGUGAACAAGCAACGCACACUGAUGAGGUGCCAAUGGUGGACAGUCAUGCGACGGACUCCUCAGAUACGCCUAAGCAGGAGAGUGCUGAGGUACAUACUACAUAGUGUACCGUCGCUGAGAUGAGAGUUUGUGCCGCGAAGAAGGUUCUGAAGAACGGUGACGCUUCGGUGGAAAAGGAUACCGAUUUCUUUGUUGAACACUCAGACAGUUUUGUUGUUUAGAACUUUACAAAAGGCAACUUGUUUGAACAGAAGGACGUGAUCGGUACGAUUAUACCAUAAGUUUUUUGCGUUACAAACAAUCAGAGUU